GUAGCACUGCCAACAAAGCCAAUAGAAGGAAAGAAUCAGUCUGUGGUGUCAGAGUUUGUGUUCCUGGGGCUCACCAAUUCUUGGGACAUCCAAUUAUUCCGUUUUGUGUUCUCCUCCAUGUUUUAUGUAGCAAGCAUGACAGGAAACUCCCUCAUCGUGUUCGCUGUGGCUUCUGAUCCUCACUUACACUCUCCCAUGUACUUUCUGUUGGUUAACCUCUCCUUCAUUGACUUGGGUGUUUCUUCUGUUAUUUCCCCCAAGAUGAUUUAUGAUCUGUUGAGAAAACAUAAAGUCAUCACUUUUAGAGGGUGCAUCACUCAAAUGUUCUUCAUUCACUUCAUUGGUGGUGUGGAGAUGAUUUUACUCAUAACCAUGGCUUUUGAGAGAUAUGUGGCCAUAUGUAAGCCUCUCCAUUAUCUGACCAUUAUGAGUCCAAAGAUGUGCAUCUUGUUUUCAGUGGCCUCCUGGGUAGUUGGACUUAUGCAUUCUCUCAUCCAACUGGCUUUUGUAGUAAACUUACCAUUCUGUGGACCAAAUGUUUUGGACAGCUUCUACUGUGACUUUCCUGGGUUCAUCAAACUUGCCUGUGUAGAUACACACAAACUGAAAUUAAUGGUCUUUGUCAACAGUGGAUUCAUAUCUGUGGGCUCCUUCUUCAUACUGAUCAUUUCCUAUAUUGUCAUUAUAUUUACUGUUCACAAACAUUCUUCAAGUGGCUCCUCCAAGGCUCUGUCUACACUUUCAGCUCAUGUGACAGUGGUGGUCUUAUUCUUUGGCCCUGUGAUGUUCAUCUACACAUGGCCUUCUUCUUUCACACACUUGGAUAAAUUUCUGUCCAUAUUUGAUGCAGUUGUCACUCCCUUUCUGAACCCUGUGAUCUAUACAUUCAGGAAUCAAGAAAUGAAAAUGGCAAUGAUGAGAGUAUUUAAACAGAUAAUGGUUUAUAGACAAACAAUUAAACACUUGCACACUGAUCAUUCUUAA